UCUUGCAGGUUACACGAGAAGAUGAUAAAGCACGAAUUCGUAAAGCCUACCAUGAAAUGGCACGGAAACAUCAUCCAGAUAGACAGAGGACAGUAGAAGAGAAACGCAAAGCUGAAGAACGCUUUCGUUUGAUCAAUACUGCAUAUGAAAUUUUAAGUGAUCCAGAACAACGACGUGAAUAUGACUACAUGUUGGAUAAUCCAGAUCAAAUGUAUUACCAUUAUUAUCGAUAUUAUCGACGUCAGUAUUCUGCUAAAGUUGAUGUCAGACUAGUGAUUAUAUCUAUCCUGUUGAUUAUCUCCUCAAUACAAUAUGCUGGUCAAUGGACUAGUUAUAAUCAUGCGUUAAGCUACUUGCUGAAAGAUCCGAAACAUCGUGCCAAAGCAAAACAAUACGCUACUGCUGAAGGUCUACUGAAUAUACCAAAAUAUGAAGUUGGCAGACGGUUAACACGUGAUGAAUUAAAAGAACGUGAAGAAGAAUUACUGAAGCGUAUUCUAAAAGAGACUGUUGAACUUCGAGGGGAUUGUUGUCGGCCGAGUUUAAAACGUGUUCUCCUCUUCCGGCUGUUAUUUUUCCCUUGGACUUGUUUCCUAUGGCUACGAUGGAUGCUUCAUUGGGUCGUCAAUUAUUGGAUACUACGUAGACCAUAUAAUGAAGAAGCGCAGAUUUUUAUAACUCGACGACGUUUAAAAAUGAAUGAAACAGAAUGGGAUUAUUUGGGUGCUGAACAACAAGCGAAAUAUUUAUCAAAAGAACUUUGGAUUAAAGAAAAUUAUCAGAAAUUUCUUGUUGAACAAGAAGAACUAAAUAGAAUCCGUGCAGCAGAAGAUACAGACUUGAAACGUUAUCGUCGAUAUACUAAACGUGCUGGACCACCGCCAAUCAAUCUUGAAGAUUUGUAUUAAUCCUGUUGUUUUGUUUUUUUACUUGACUCUUUUUUCUCCUUCUGCUUCUUCUGGUCUUUUGCUCUACUUUGUGGUGUCUCAUUUUUUUUCCUCAUAUUUAUUUAUUUUCACAUGACAACUUUUUCGUUCUGUCGAAGCCAAAGAAGGGAGAGAGAGAGAAAGGGAGAGAAAGGAGUUUAGUGCAUUGUGCCUGUGUGUGUGUGUGUGUGUGUGUGUGUAAGUGUCUGAUAGUCAGUUCAGUGCAUGAACUUCUGUACUUCCUUUCAAAAGUGCAAUCUGUAUUCUUGUAAUUUUAUCUUCAUCUAUCUAUCUAUCUUAUGUAUGUAUAGGAAAUACACUCAAUCAAUUCACAAUCAUAUGAACACAGGGAUUGCUGCUUCUUUUCAGCUCUUAUUACACCACACACUGGGUUUGCUGCUUUUUCAUGUAAAGGUUUUCUUUUCUGUGAUGCUGAUGAAUAGUAUUCAAGCGUAUCUCGCUUGGUUACUAACCUACUUACUUGUUAGUUGUACUGCUAUUAUUCUUACUAUUAUUAAUUAUCACUCCAUGUGCCUUUCAAGAUGGAUAGUGUUCACCUAGGAGGAGGGUUGGUUGGUUAUUUCUAUAUAUAUAUAUGUAUGUUUCUUUGUUGUUUUUGUAUUCUAUAUUAUUAUUAUUAUUGUCAUUAUUAUUAUGAUUUGUAUGAAAG